AUGGCUUCAUCCUCGUCGAUUGACCCUGCAUCAUGGACUUGGUCCGAGGACUUGCCCGGUGCCUGGGACAACCAUCAUGUUGAAGAAGAGACCAAACCGGAUUCCUCUCAGACCUAUUCUUACUCCGACAAGGAAGCACAGCAUCACUCAGACCAAGAGGACCACCAAACCCCGCCCCAACCACCACCACCAUCCUCGACAGCUUCUGGCGGACAACAACAGCGCGAACGUCAUUACAACCCACGCACUUGUCGCAUCUGUCUGGAGACUGUAUUACCCACAUACCACCCGCCAUCAGAUUCAUUACCAGGCUUCUUACGCUCUAGGCCAAGCGUCACAUACGAGGACGCAGACGGCGGUCGUCUACUUCGCCCUUGCCUGUGCAAGGGCAGUCAGAAAUAUGUCCACGAGCAUUGUCUGCAAGCCUGGCGUCUGCAGAAUCCUGCCGCAAAACGUAACUACUGGCAGUGCCCAACAUGUAGGUACAAAUAUCGUCUAGAACGAAUGAACUGGGCACACUGGAUCAGUAGUACGGCCGCCCAGAUUCUGCUUACCGUGGCCAUCUUUAUCGUCGCCUCAUUCACUCUAGGUUAUGUGGCUGAUCCCAUCAUCAAUCUCUAUCUCGAUCCUUACGACACGAUCGCUCAUGGUUCUCAACCCUUGCUGCCUACAGACGAGCCUGUUACAUGGACCGAGCAUUUCAUCAAAGGGUUUGCCUCCUUGGGCUUGGUUGGAUUUGCAAAGUUUCUGUUCACGCUGAGUCCAUGGCAAAUGUACAAUAUGCGCACCUCGGUCGGGGGUCGCACCACUGGUCGAGACAGGAUGGCUCAGAUCAGCUGGAUCGCUGUAGCUGUCGGAAUUUUCACCUUUAUCUGGGCCGUCUGGAAAGGUGUCCGAGCUUGGAGUCGUCGUGCUCUUGCCGCUGCAUCAGAACGUGUCAUGGACGUUCCUGGUGUAGACGACGAUGGGGAUGAUGAUGAUCAGUAA